UGAGAAUUAGUGAUGCAUUAGGGGGAGGGGACCCAGCACUUUCUGCUGCCCCCAAUAGACUUUUGUUGUAUUGUCAUGCAAAAAGCUCCCCGCCUUGAUAUGUCCUACCUCCAGCAAGUAGAUCAUAACCCUCUGUACAGCCAAGGACAGCAUUGCCAGGGCUCCAGGAGACAGGGGUGGAAGGUUUCAGGAGGCACCAGGAGACACCAGGACACUUCAGGACACCAGGAGGUAUCAGGACACCAGUUCCAGAAGAAGUAAGGAGGACAACACAAGGAGAAGAAGCUGCCAUGUCCACCUAGAGAGGACCACACAACCUGACACUUGCUAGACCAGGUCUUGCAGAAGUUGAAGACUCUGAUCUCCUCCAAGGUUUCCUCUGCUCCUCCAGAAACUCUGCCAGGGCUUCAUCUAUGUACAAAAUGGAUUAUUCUUACCUGAAUUCCUAUGACUCCUGUAUGGCAGCCAUGGAAGCCUCAGCCUAUGCAGACUUCAGUUCAUGCAGUCAGGCCAACAGCUUCCAGUACAACCCCAUCAGGACCAGCUUCGGGGCCAACUCUGGAUGUCCUCCUCUGACCACAGCCAACUGCACCCUGGGGGCACUGAGAGACCACCAGCCUUCUCCAUACACUACAGGUAUCUCAGGCUACUUACCUUUAUACGGUGUGUACCCCAAACAUGUAUACUGUGUACCCCAAAUUCUGGGAAGUAAAACAUUAUUCUGCUAUAUGCAGGUCAUCCUCAUGUACUCAUAAUUGGGGCAAUCACAUCUUCCCCUUUAAAUCCCAUGAGAUACCUUCUAUGAGGAUAGGGGGUGCGAUGGUGUUAGGUGACAGCAUUUAUUGAGUUAGGAAACUUUGGCACUUAAUCAUAGAGUCAGCCAUCAACACAUAGUGUCAGUGCCCUGUAUCUACUACUACCACCACCAACACAGUGUCAGUGCCCUGUAUCUACUACUACCACCAACACAGUGUCAGUGCCCUGUAUCUACUACUACCACCAACACAGUGUCAGUGCCCUGUAUCUACUACUACACCACCAACACAGUGUCAGUGCCCUGUAUCUACUACUACCACCAACACAGUGUCAGUGCCCUGUAUCUACUACUACCACCAACACAGUGUCAGUGCCCUGUAUCUACUACUACCACCAACACAGUGUCAGUGCCCUGUAUCUACUACUACCACCAACACAGUGUCAGUGCCCUGUAUCUACUACUACCACCACCAACACAGUGUCAGUGUCCUGUAUCUACUACUACCAUCAACACAUAGUGUCAUUGUCCUGUAUCUUACUACUACCAUCAACACAUAGUGUCAGUGUCCUGUAUCUACUACUACCAUCAACACAUAGUGCCAUUGUCCUGUAUCUUACUACUACCAUCAACACAUAGUGUCCUGUAUCUACUACUACCAUCAAAUCACAGUGUCUACUACCAAUAUCCUGGAACUGUACAGACAGACAUACACACAGACAGGCAGACAGACACACACCUUGUAUUAAAGCUGCAGAGCUACUUGUUGUAUUAAUGAGGUACAAUCACAAUAUGUAAACAGACACCUUGCACAGUAAAUUGUGUACUCGCCACAAUUGUAUUUAUAAAUAAUAGAUAUUGUACAUAAAAUUAUAGGAUUACAUUUUAAUAUGUUGCACUUUUAUUUUUAUGUUUUUUUUACAUAUUACGCGUGUCAGCAUUUUCAAAACAACCAUUUUUGUGAUGGCAAUAAUUACUCCAUAUCCAAAUAUUGUUACCAAUAUUACAAACUACGCUGAAUUCAUCGAUUUAACAUUGUUUAUAGAGGGCUGGUGAUAGUGUCCCAGGGCCCGCCUACUCCCCGACAGCUCAGGCGUUCCUGGGGCAGAGAUCUAAAAGUGGAGCAGUCACCAUGGAAACCACCGCAAUGUUCUUAAUGAUUGCGCCAUAAUGUCCAUCAUUCGCAGCUCUCCCAGCGUUUCGGUGAAAUAGAAGUUACGUAGAAAGGAGGCAAAUUCUCAUUUAGAAAUUCUUCCCAUUUUUGGGGAGAAGUUUGUGCAUGCGCAAUUUUAUGGAUAAUAAAACCUUUACAUAAAAACACUGGCAGGAAAUUUUGUCAAUAAAUUACUUGCGCUCAUUGAUAAUUGCGUAAAUUCUAAAACCAAACCAAUGGCGAAAAUACCACAAGAAAUAAAAAGUAAUUGGAGACAGGAUUUACUUGGCGCUAAAUUAUUAUUACACAAUUAAAAUAAAAUAAAAUGUAUUGAGAACAAUUCUGUCACCUUUAUUCCGAAUUCCCAAUAAUUGUAUUAAUAUUAAUCAUAUUACAUUUACAUAUUGUACAAUUAAUCUCUUAAAGACUGAAGAAUUUUUAAACCCACUUGUUAAAAUCGUAAUUUCCCUCAUUUCUAUUUGGCGUAUUAUAUACACGUUCCAUAUUAUAUAUUGGUUUUAUAUAGGACAUAGAGGGCUUCUGUAUCCACGUACUGAAUGUCGAUAGAUUGAAUAAUAUUACUACGAUUCGGAUUAAAAUAUUCAAAAAUGGCAAAAAAAAAUUCAAGUAGUACAUUUUUCAUAUAAUAUCGUUUAAUAUUUUUUGCCGCUAAUAUAUCAGAAAAGAAAUGUACAUCAAAAGAAAUGAAUUUUCUUUGUUGUUCUGGUUUUUGAAAUAGCUCUCACGUUUGUCAUUUAUUUUUCGCUAUUACAUUAGUGUUAAAAUCUAGCAUUUUCAAGAUUUUGUGAUCUACCUUCUACAACAGUCACCAAACCCAAAAUGAAUUAUUUUAUCCAUUUUUAUCUGUCUAUAAAUGUAUAUAUAUAUUUAUUUAUUUUUUAAACAUUGAAUAUGUUUUUUUUCUGGGGGAUGGGAUGAGUAAGUUUUUUUUAUUUUUUAAAUAAUUAGCGUUUCCUUAUUUAGACCCAAUUAUCUAUUGACCUUUUUUACAUUUAGUAAUUGAAUGAAAACAUUGGGUCUUUUCAGACCUUCGUCGAUCUCAGCUUAGCUUUGGAUUCCUGGUGAUGACAUCAUUAGGGUACCCCUGCUCACGGUGUACAGUGUGGCUGGUAAGGGGGGCAUUUGCCCCCGGACUACCAAUAUAGAGAGAUUUGUGGCCUGCUGCAACAUAGCACAAUAAGAAACAGAACAUGUAACUAUUUUCAUUGUUUAUUAUUGCAGUAUUAGUGUAAACCAAUUAACAUGUGGCAGUGUGCAAGUUUUGCCUUUAAAUUGGCUACUUGAUUGUAGUUGCCCUUCAGCGAAAUGUACUCAGCCCUUUGCUGAGUGUACAGCACUAACAGUGCUGUAUACAGUGCGAUCUAAGCAUCACGGACUAAAUACCCCGUUUUUCGCUCUGUACUGUGUAGUAGAACUCUGUGACAGAUCAGCCUCCUGUAGUAGUUAUGGUGCCAGGAUGAGGGAGGGAAUCCAAUGAUCUGUAUGUACCUGAAGGAUGGGAGAUGGCAGAGAAAGGUUGUGAUAUAUAGGUACAUAUUUGUAUGUAUACACAUUCACUGAAUUUAAUAUGUUUUUUUUUAAAAAUUUAUAUUAAUGACUAAAAAAAUGAUUAGACGUAGACAUUGUGAGAAAUUACGGUCAUAGUUUCCAAACAUGGAAAAUAUUUCAGGGUGUCCAAAAUUCAGUCGCACGUCCGUGCAGCUCGGCCGAAUGUCAAGAGAGCUAACAAAAAACAGGUGCGAUAAUGGCCAAUCGGUGCGCAGAUAUUAUAAUAUGCAUAUAUCUUGCAGAACACUGAUAGGAGCAGGGGGAAGGAACUAAAGGAAGAAACACAGAAGUAUAUAUUCACACGUUAUAUAUUAAAUAUAUAAUAAAACACACUUUUACUGCUCCUACUUAUAGCCCACUACUGCUCACUUCUCUCGUGAUCUGCCAAUAAAACCAAAACAAAUAUUUAGUGACUGUCCUUACCCAUCAAUCUAUUUUAGGAGUCAUAUGUGGCGUUUAAAACAUUGACACCACCACCACCACCACCACCAUUACCACCACCACCACUACCACCACGCAUUGCGUAGUCCAAUUAGUCUGUAAUUCAGGUACAUUCUGGCUCACAAUUCAGCCAAACACCAAAUAAGCCAAAAUAGACCCAGAUUUGGCCGACUUGCAGUUCAGUCCAAAUUGAAUCUCAAAGUCUAUGAAUCCCCAUAAUCCAGUUCGGACAAAGCCAAUCCAGGGCAAACAGUGAGGAGAAAUGAGGAGGAGACAUGGAAACGUUGUUUCAUUACUCCUGUUCUUUGUAUGCUUUCUCUAAGCGGCCAGGUGCCAAGGACAGAGCGUAUAACAAUGGCUGACGGGGAGCUAAGAUGGAGACACCCCGUUACAGGACAGAGCGUAUAACAAUGGCCGACAGGGAUAAAAUAUCCUACUUACAUAGACCUCAAUUUAAUAUUUUUGGAUCAGCUUUUUACAUUUUUUUAAAUAAAUUAUUAAAAUAUAAAAAAUAUUCAUAUAUAAAAAUAUAUAUAAAACAUCAAAAUAUCAAAACAUAUUUCAAAAUAGUAAAUCAUUUUACAAAUGUAUCCAAAAAAUAAUAAAUAAUUUGAUAAGCUUUGAGUCGCAGUCUCUGAAAGGGCACGAUCAAGGCAUUUGAUGCAAAUUAACUUCUUAUAUUGGGCUAUUUUCCUGGAAUGCGGCCUCUGUAACGAGUUUUAUAAAGAAUAGAAACAUUUCCCAGUCCCAUUCAUUUAAUGUUGUUUCUUCUACCAGGCCUGCUCAUACAAUAUUGACACAUUUUGGUCUUUCUUUCCCCUAGUCCCAUACAAGUUCUUCUCAGACCCAUCAAGUAUCAAUGAAAAGAGGAAGCAGAGAAGGAUUCGGACAACAUUCACCAGUUCCCAGCUGAAGGAGCUGGAACGAGUGUUUGCAGAGACGCACUAUCCGGAUAUAUACACCAGGGAAGAGCUGGCUCUUAAGAUAGACCUGACAGAAGCCAGGGUGCAGGUAUGUACACAUAUCUAGGUCCUGGGAUGUAAAUACAGUAUGCACUGGGUCUAGAGAUAUAUGCCUAAAGCUAGGCUUGGUCCUGGGAUGCACACAUUUAGUUGGGUCCUGUGAAGUGCAUGUAGAACUAGGCUGGGUCUUGGGGUGUGCAUGUAGAACCAGGCCAAACCUUGGGGUGUGCAUGUAGAACUAGGCUGGGCCUUGGGGUGUGCAUGUAGAACCAGGCCAAACCUUGGGGUGUGCAUGUAGAACUAGGCUGGGCCUUGGGGUGUGCAUGUAGAACCAGGCCAAACCUUGGGGUGUGCUUAUAGAACUAGGCUGGGCCUUGGGGUGUGCAUGUAGUACUAGGCUGGGCCUUAGGGUGUGCAUGUAGAAGUAGACUGCAUCUGGGAAAGUGCAUGUAGAUCUAGGAUUCUAGGCUGAAUCUGGGGGUGUGCAUGUAGAACUAGGCUGGGUCUGGGGAUGUGCAUGUAGAAGUAGGCUGCAUCUGGGAAAGUGCAUGUAAAUCUAGGCUGGAUCUGGGGAUGUGCAUGCAGAACUAGGCUGGGACUGGGCAUGUGCAUGUAGAAGUAGGCUGCAUCUGGGAAAGUGCAUGUAAAUCUAGGCUGGAUCUGGGGAUGUGCAUGCAGAACUAGGCUGGAUCUGGGGAUGUGCAUGCAGAACUAGGCGAGUUAGGGAGGGCCUUGGGAGGUGGGCAUGCAACUAGAUUGGGUCUAGGAAUGUUCACAUAUGCACACUGUUUGCAGAAGAUAAUGACUCCUGUCUCCAAUUUCUGGUCUGUAAUGAGAGUGUGCAGAGAUUUUGUUUAUUUUACUGCAAAAAUAAACAGUCUGUCAUUUCCUUAAAUGUUUUCUUUAACCCGUUUCACAGGUGUGGUUCCAGAACAGAAGGGCCAAGUUUCGCAAGCAGGAGAGAGCAGCCAAUUCGAAAAAUGGAAGUACCGCCAAUGGUGGAUCAGGAAACAAAAAGUCAGAUGCACGUUCUUCUUCAGAAGAUGAUGAGUCCAAAGAGUCCAACUGCAGCCCGACCCCAGACAGCACAGCAUCUCUAACCACUACAGGCAACCUUAACAGUCCUGGAGGAACCCUUAGUCCUAGCCCUGGAACAGCUGCAGCCCUGGUAUCGAAUCAUACUACAGCCCAGACCAUGAAGGCCCCUGUUUGGCCUGGGGUCCCAACAAGCAGCAGUAACACAGCCGACCUUCUCAAGGCUUGGCAACCUGCAGAUGCCGUGCCUGGGCCAUUUGCUGGUGUCUUAUCCACAUUUCACAGGAAGCCAAACACCCUGAAGACAAACCUGUUUUAAAUAACACAGUAAUGAGACAUCAUUGCAAAAACACAAAUCAAGACAAACAGACUAAAGUAAGAGAGGAUUGUACGCAGGGGAAGUUACACCCCUCCUGGAUUUAGUUACACUUUGGAUCAAUGAAGAAUCUGCCAGAUAUUUUCCCAUAUCUGCUGUGUCCAUAGAGAUGGACAGUGACCAAUCAAUGUUGAGGACAUAUACUCCAACAUCUGGAACAGAUGAUCAAGUUAUUGAAAAUAACUCUGGCUUUCGAAUAAGAGCUAGAUGUCUUAUGGCAUGGACCUAGAUUAUGGACACCGUGAUGGCCCUAGGGGCUCACAAUAUUCAUUGGCUCAAUAGAUCAAUCAUAGUUGGUGGUAUUUUUUUGAAAAAUUGGUUUAUUUAUUAUUUAUGAUAUUUAACUAGGUUUAUGUUACAUAUAAUUUUUAUUUUUGUUUAUUUUCCUUAGGAGACACUGCUCCUUGUCGCAUACGAUGAGGUUUUGUGUUCGAUCUCUGAGAUAACGUCAUACAUUUUUUUUUCACUGUUUUGAAUUUAUGACAAAUAUGACCGCCCUACUAUACCAUUCAUUUAUUGGCUGGAUCCAUUACUCUUAAUCUAUGACAGAGACGUCACGAAUAAAGGAAAUUAUCGCCAUCUGGCAUUCUGGGAUAAAUAUAUUUCAGAUGAGGAUAUCAUUCAGUACUAAGAUAAAAUAAGGAUACUGGGCCUACGCUGGACUCUGUAUGAAUCAGAAAUAACAUUUUGUAGGAUUAGGGACAAUUAUCUGCCACAGACAUUUUCUGGUCCAUUAGCAGCUAAAGAGUCUCUUUGUUUCCAAGAGGCAUCUGUUUGUCCACUUAUGUGCGUGUAUAUUUGUAUUUAUAUGAGGACGGAAGAGACAUUUAAUGGGAACACAGUUAAAUUAGCUUAGAAACCAUCAAGUUCAAGAGUUGCCUUAGGAGAAGAUCAGUUUUCAGCCUAUAUUGAUACUUGGUUAACCAUCGAGAUCAGACUCCAAGCCCACCUUCAUAACAGCUACAGUGGUGCCAGCAAAUGGCAGAACCUAAGAGGGCGUUCAUAGAACAGAUUUGGAAAAAUGCCUUAGUAAGAGGUUCUAACAUAAUCUAUUGCCCAUCUGAGACUCUGCCACCCAUCGAUGACUCAACCACUCUUGUUGAACUCUUGAAGGACCAUCUCUGCUAUUUUCUGGCCAGCUCUAUUAUCUCUAAACCCCAUAUCAUCUGCCAGUAGAUCUCAAUUAAUGUGUGGUUUAGAUUUCUGACCAUAGUUACAUGGCCUAUUCCGAUGCCAGGAAAACAAUCAAUAUUUUUUGCAGUUGGAGAGAUCAAUCGCUAAAUUUGUUAGAAUAAAGAAUGACUAGGAUAGAGGUGGGGUUUAGAGGUUACCCAAGAAUUAAAAGACAAGUUUCAAAUAAAGCCACAGAAUGCCCCUUGUUUAUGUAAACACUGCAAAAUAUUACAUUUACUGUUUUACAAAAAAAAAGGUCCUGAAAGACAGGUGACGGUGAGCGAGAACAGAGCAUCCCGGGGGAUAAUCUUUCCUUUUCGAUACAUUAUCCAUACAGGUCUCUGUAUACUUAUAUAUACCUCUUGGCACAGAAUAAAAAAAGCUCACGCAGUGUACAGAUAAGAACUUGUUACUGGGCUGUGAAAAGAUGACGGUUUUGUUUAAAUGUCCUGUAAUUUAUUGAACAAAUCUGCAAAUUAUGCUAAUCCCAAAUAAAAUUUAAUUUAUUAAACUGUACAUUUCUUUGUUUGUUAUUUAUUUUGUAACCAUUAAACAGCAAGAGAUGGACAUUAACC